AUGGAUGAAAAACUGUUCGGGAAAAAGAAAGAUGUUGCACCAAGAAAAGGUCUUUCAAUCAUUGAUGAUUUGCUUGAUGAUCCUCAAAAGGAAAAAAAGUUGAAGAAAAAUGUCGAUGAUUUUUUUCCUAUGAAGAAGUCAACUGUAUCAUUUAUGGAUGAACUAAGUGACGCUGAACUUCAACAACGAGAGCAAGCGGUAACAUCAAGAAAAAACAAAAUGUCGGAGCGUCCAUCAGAUAUCAGAGGUACAUCCAUUGUUGCGACAACUGGUGAUUAUCCAGCAAAAGUUACGAAUAGAACAACUUCCAACUUGGACAGUAUAUUUGGACCAGAACCCAGGAGGACAACAAGCAACUGGACAGGAAAAAUCACUGAAAGAAAAGCUGGUGCAGGUAAUGAAGCUGAUGAAAGUGGACGAUUUAGCGAUUCAAGCCAACUUGAAUCAACAAAAAAUCAAAAGAAUCGGAUGACAAAUCCAUCGGCUGAAAUUCCUGGAUAUGCCGGAAUGCAACGAAUGGAAAACGAAAUAAAUCGCCUAAAUCGAGAAUUGGAAUCCUUGAGACAUAAACAAACGGUGAGAGAAGAAGCAUUGGAAGAAGAAUGGAAAGAAAAGAUGAAACGCCGAGAACGACAAUUUGAAGAAGAAUUUGCCGAUCUGGAAGAGAAUAAUCGGAAGCAAAUGAGUCGUUUGAGAAGUGACCACGAAAAUGUAUCCCAAACAAUUCGUGAUAUGUUCCACAACCAAAUCGAAACACUAACAAAUAGCCAAAAAGAAUCAAAGAAUUAUGAGAAAAUGCUGGAGAAAGUGGACGAAUUGAUUGCAAAAAUAAGCGAAGUAACCAUAAAUUUGAAUAAGCAAACGGAUCAAAGUAACUCCGAUCAGAGCCAUUACAUUUCAUUCAGAGAGCAACAGCUCGAAAUUCGAGAAGAAAGAAUCAAAAAAGAGGAGGAAUGGCUGGCAAAUGAAAAACAACAUGUGAUCGAAUUAAAUUUGAAACUGAAAAGUUUGUACGAUAGUAACGAGCAAAAUACUCUAAAAGAAAAAUGGCAAGUACGUGAAGAACGCCAAAAAUUGAACGCUGAAAAAGAAGCAUUUAAAAGUGAGCAACUGAAAAUUCUGGAUGCAGCAGAACAACAAAAGAUUGAAAUUGAGGCUUCAAAGUCCAAAUUUCUCCGUGAUCAACAUGAUCUGAUAAUGCGAGUAAUGGCUGCAAAAUCAUCAUUGGAAGCUGAAAAGAGUACAUUUGAUGCGCAACGUCAGCAGGAUGUAGUUAGAUUAAAAAUGGAAGCGGAAGAACUUGAUCGUAAGUUGAAAGAGGUGCAAAAUGCUGAAAAUAUUUUACAGAAUACGCAAAGAAUUUAUGAACAGAAAUACCAGCAGGUGGUGGCAUUAGAACGAGCACUUAUAGAUGAAUGUUUCGAACUGGAACGAUGUCGCAAGCAACUGGAAACCAUUCAAAACGACAAUCAAAAGAAACGAAAUCCAAGAAAUGAACAAUUUCAACAAGUAAUACCAAUACUGGAUACAAACGCGCCAGACUUUAUCGCAGAUCCGUAUAUCGACGAAAGACCAAAUCGGAGGGAGAAAAAAAUCUACCAUGCAACACUAAAGAUGCAUGCCAAAACAUUAGAGAGUGCUACUUCAGAACAAAGUCUAAAUACGCAAGCUUAA